CAACGUAUCUCGCUCGACCUAACAGCUCUGCCAACUCACCACCCUGCUUUGGUACAUUUUUAUCAACUUCGAAGGAUGAAUGGACACAGUUGAUAACAGCGAGAUUUGAACACGGAACACUGAGAAUCGGCUCAAAUACUACGAAGCUUAGCUUUCUAUCUGACGUUCUAACCACACUGCCAAAUUUGCUGCCGUACUCUGUACGAAAGGGAAUUUUUGAUUGGUCUAAAUCACCAAACGUCUAUUUCACACAGGUAUUACAUGGAUAUUGGAUAUUUACUGAAAGAUUGAACAUAACUUGGUGCAACCUUCUUAUGCAUCGGCAAACUUAUACGAUAUGUUUGGACAUGCUCGUACUUAGAUCUGCAGUUAUGCCGCCUAGAAAACGUAAUCUGUCAAUCAAACAUAAAUGUCAGCUUCAUUUUGUUGAAAGCCCCAAAGAAAUUCCACAUGGGUUAUUAACUCCUAUUCCUUGCAGUAAUUUCCAAGCAGCUGCCAGAUUAACAGAAAUAAAAGACAGCCCUUCAUGGGUGUCACCCCAAUUCACUGACAUUAAAGACCUACCAACCAAACAACAAAGAAAAAGAAACGCUAAAGCUAAUGUUGAAAAUGACUGUCCCAAAGAACACAACAAGAGAUAUGGUUCUCUGCAGUUUUUGAAACCAAGAUCUCUUCACAAACCUUUUCAAGAUUGCCAGUCAUUAUCAAACAUAGAAAACAUUGUGAUUAGUCCAAAGUUUACAAAUUCUGAAGACUCAUUGAAACCAACAUGUCCUUGGAACCUCUUUCAAAAUUCUCCUUUGGAACAAAAAGACUUUGGCAAAAUACUAGUUCCUGAUACACCUGAAAGGGAAUAUGGCUUAUCAGUGCGGCACAAACAGUUGAGGAAAAUCAAAAAAUAAUUGAGUUUUAUAUGUUGGGUCUUUUAUUUAUGUGUUAUUUAUUGCAAUAAAGCAUUUUAUUUAUUUAA